GGCAACUUCCUUCUUCCUCUCGUAUAUGCAUAAGUCUGAAUCUUCCUACCCAUAAUUAGAAAAAAGAUGAAUACUUCAAAUCCUAACCUACACAUAUUGUUAUUCCCUUUCCUAGCACAUGGGCACAUAAUUCCUACCAUUGACAUGGCCAAAUUAUUUGCCACAAGAGGGGUUAAGUCCACCAUAGUCACCACCCCACUCAACGCAUCACUCAUCUCCAAAGCCAUAGAAAAAUCAAAACGACACCAUCACAAAGUGAUCCAAAUCCAAACCAUUGAGUUCCCUUGUGAGGAAGCAGGUUUACCCAAGGGGUGUGAAAACAUGGACUCAGUCCCUUCCCAAGAUUUGUUCCUCGCGUUUUUUCAUGCCACUAGUUUGUUGCGAAAACCCUUUGAAGAACUACUUCUUGAGCAACAUCCACACUGUGUUAUUGCAGAUGCAUUUUAUUCUUGGGCAACAGAUUCUGCUUCCAAGUUUGGGAUCCCGAGGAUUGUGUUCCACGGCACUUGUUUCUUCUCCUUGUGCGCUUCCGAUUGCAUGGGACUUUACGAGCCGCACAAGAAUGUCUCGUCCGAUUCGGAUUCCUUCCUGGUUCCUCGCCUUCCCGGCGAGAUUAAAAUGACAAGGAAGGACGUGCCGGCUUUCAUAACCAACAAGGAGAACAGCACGGAGUUUGUCAAGCUCUUGGAAGAUGCAAAGGAAGCACAGGCCAGGAGUUAUGGUGUUGUUGUCAAUAGCUUCUACGAACUCGAGAAUGUGUACGCAGAUUUCUACAAGAACGAAUUCGGGAGAAAAGCAUGGCCUAUAGGCCCUGUUUCUCUCUGUAACAAGGACACAGGAGAGAAGGCAAACCGGGCAAAAGAAACUACAAUUGAUGAGUUUGAGUGCUUAAAGUGGCUUGACACAAAGAAACCAAAUUCAGUUGUUUAUGUUAGCUUUGGAAGUUUAAUAAGCAUGCCAGAUUCUCAGCUUAGAGAAAUUGCAUUGAGUCUUGAGACCUCAGGCCAACAUUUCAUUUGGUUGGUGAAGAAAAACGAGAAAGACGGGGCGGAAUGGCUACCGGAAGGGUUCGAGAAGAUAAUGGAAGGUAAGGGACUAAUUAUAAGAGGUUGGGCGCCUCAAAUCUUGAUUCUUGAGCACCAAGCGGUCGGAGCAUUUGUGACGCAUUGUGGUUGGAAUUCGACGUUGGAAGCGGUGGCUGCAGGGGUGCCGAUGAUCACUUGGCCUAUUGUCGCCGAGCAAUUUUUUAACGAGAAGUUGGUGACCGAGGUUCUUGAAAUUGGAGUGCCUGUGGAAGCUGUGAAAGGGGUUAGGUUGGAGGGUGAAUGUGUUGGAUGCGAUGCAUUGGAGAAAGCUUUGAAGAGAGUAAUGAUUGGGGAGGAAGCAGAGGAAAUGAGGAACAAAGUGAAGGUUCUUGCUCAGUUGGCAAAGCAGGCUGUGGAAGAAAAUGGAUCCUCUUACUUAGCUUUCAAUGCUUUAAUUCAAGAGUUGGUUUCACUUUCUCUCUCAAGGUGAAUUUAAAAAUAACAAGCUAAAGGUUAAGGUACUCCAUAAUAGUUAAAUAAUUUAAGAGUAAAGUAUGUUCGU